AUGCUGAGCGGAGCCGCGCGUCGUAAGGGCCACCAGCGCUUCUCCCUCCUCCUCCUCGACGACGGGGACCACUACAUAACCGACUGGGUCGCCACGUGUCACCUCGUGGAUGGCCAGCCGCGCGCGCUCGCGGGCGGGCGGCUGCGGCUGUGCAUGAAGUCGCUCUUCUUCGAGCCGCAGGACCCCGCCAUCCCCAUUAUAAUGUUCCCCAUGCCGCACAUACUAGUCGUUUUCCACCCCGGGUCGCGCCGCCGGUACCGCUCGCAGCUGGGCGCGAAACUCGCCGCGGAGGGGCGCAUCCGCGCGGAGUGGGCGGGGGAAGGAGCGGAGGCGGGCGGGGAGGACGGGGCGUGUGGGCAGGACGUGCCGUACGAGUUUGAGAAAAAGGAGCUGGACGAGGGCCACCUGCCGUCCACCUGGGCCUUCUCCCUUGACUACUCGCCCACCUCACGGGGCGGUGGGGAGGAGCUGGACGAGGGCCACCUGCCGUCCACCUGGGCCUUCUCUUCUCCCUUGACUACUCGCCCACCUCACGGGUAUGCGUGCCUGCUUCAGCAGACCCCCACUACCCUUCUCCUGGACGAGGCCCUGCCAGUGCUGGGAGUGCAGCUGCUGCCGUACGAGCAGCGAGACAUGGAGGUGGCGCGGCGCCUGUCCCUCAUGGAGGCGUCGGCGCCCUUUGACGUCAGCCGCCUCGUGGACCUCUCCGAGCACAUCCUGCUCGACUGCCUCGCCUCCCAGGUUCGGCCGCUGGUUCGGGAGCCGGGCCGCCUUGUGAUCACACAGCAGCGGCUUUACUUCCAGCCACUGCACGCCAUCAGUAGUGAGAGUCCCCUCCGAAUCUUCCCCCUGCCCCUCCUCCUCUCCGCUGCCCGCCGCCGCCACUCCCUGCGCCCCCGCGGCCUCGAAAUCUUCUUCUCCUGCCCGGACCUAUCGCAGCAUGCCAGCUCAGGGAGCUCAGGAGGAGGAGUACUGGAGGGGGGUGGUGGCACCGGCGGGAGAGGAGGGGGGAACGGAGCGGGUAGGGGGAGUGGGGGAGUUGGGGGUAGUGGGGGGAGCGGGGGGAGUGGGGGCGGAGGGCCGUUGGGGGAUGGCAGCAGUGUGUUCUUUGUGUUCAGCUCUCAGGGGGAGAGGGACCGAGCUGCUGCGCUGCUGCAGAAGCUGUUGGGGGGUGUGUCCAGCCCAGCAGCAGCGGCAGCAUCGCUACUAGAGGCUCACUCGCACGCACUGCAGGCCGUCACAGGGCUGUGGCAGACCGGCCGCAUCCCCAACCGCGACUAUCUGCUCUUCCUCAACCUGGCAGCGGGGCGCACCAUGUGUGACUUGGCGCAGUGGCCUGUCAUGCCAUGGGUGCUCGCGGAUUACACCUCCCACCACCUUGAUCUGAACGACCCCGCCACCUUCAGAGACCUCUCCAAGCCAGUGGGAGCGCUCAACCCGGCACGCCUUGCAGAGUUCAGAGAGCGGUACGACGAGAUGCCUCGGGACAAGAGUGGGUCAGAGCGCACCAAGCCUUUCCUCUACGGCACUCACUACUCCACUCCUGGCUAUGUGCUCUACUGGCUCGUGCGCUCUGCACCAGCACACAUGCUGCGGCUGCAGAACGGGCGCUUUGACUCACCAGACAGGCUGUUCACGGGGCUGCAGGAGUCGUGGGAGAGUGUGCUGUCCAACGCCACCGACGUCAAGGAGCUCAUCCCCCACUUCUUCUCUCUGCCUGCGCACUUCCUCCGCCUCCCACCAGACCUCAAUCUAGGCACGCGCCAAAACGGAGUGCCAAUCGGCGAUGUGGAGCUGCCUCCUUGGGCAAUGAAUGCAGAGGAUUUCGUAGUGAAGCACGUGCAGGCUCUGGAGUGCGAGUGGGUGUCGGCGAAUCUCCACCAUUGGAUCGAUCUGAUUUUUGGAUACAAGCAGCGAGGCAAGGCAGCAGAGGAGGCGGACAAUCUCUUUCACCCGCUCACCUACGAGGGCGCAGUGGACCUCGACUCGCUCAGCAGCUUCGUGGAAAAGAGAGGCUUUGAGACCCAGAUCAACGAGUUUGGUCAAACGCCUCGCCAGCUCUUCAUCCAUCCCCACCCGCAGCGCUCCCCACGCGCCACACCCAGCCUUGACUCCCUGCCCUCCUACAGCACAGCUGGUGAGGCUGAGGGUGGAAGCAGCGAGACAGGUGGCAUAGGUGGCAUAGGUGGCAUGACAAGUAGUGGCGGAAUGGCAGAGGAAGACGAGACGGGGAGGCUGAAGGCACUGCAGGGGGCGGUGGGGCUGGGCAGUUUCAACGCCAGGCGAGCGGCACAGGGUAAGGGUGCCACAGCCGCUGCACGUGCAACCAGCGCAGUGAGUGCGGUUAGUGCUGUGGGGGCUGUGGGUGCUGCAGCAGAUAAUGCGGCAGAUGCUGCCAUAGGGCCGAGAUCCACACCGGGGUUUGCAAGAGAAGCAGCGAUGAGGGAGGGCGAGGAAAUGGUGGCUCUAAGGGAGUGGCUGGGGGAGGUUGGUGUGGCACGAGGGGGGGAAGAGCCGCCUGCCUGCUCGCCUCCCUUCUCCCCCACUGCGCCCUUCCCUGCCUUCCAGCCCUCACCUGUGGAUCCUUUCUCUGGUUGUAGUAGCACGGGGUUGGACGAAGGAAGUGGCAAGGGGGGUAGCAACGGGGACAGCAGGGGAAGUAGCAGAGUGAGCGGCAAGGCGAGCGGAGCAGACGGUGAUAGAAGCAGCAGUGAGAUGAGCAGAAGCAACAAUGGCAGCGGAAGCGGGAGGAGGAGGGCGAGAGUGCGGCGAGUGAAGGCACAUCGGGGGCCGGUGGUGGCGGUGGCGCUGGCAGAGCAUGCAGAGUCACACGACCUGCUGCUCACCACAGCGGGCGCUGAUGGCAUGGUGAAGGUCUUCUCAGUGAAGUCGCAGCAGCAGCUGAGGUCAGCGCGAGUUGGCAGCCUCCCAUUGGCCAGCAUGGCGCUGCUGCCGCCCCUUCCGUCCCACUGCUACCCAUCAGUGCUGCUGGGCUCUUCAGACGAUCAUGUGUGGCUCUACUCACCUGACUUCGGUCGAUGCCUCUCCAAGAUGCAUGCACACGACGACACGGUGUCAUGCAUUCAGGUCAGCCAGUGGGGCGCUGACACGUGUCUGUUCACAGCAUCGUGGGACGGCAGUGUGAAGCAGUGGAGCAUGGCACACUCGCCCUUCCUCUCCGCCUCGCCCUUUGCCUCCUUCUCCUCCUCCUCGCCCCACUCCCAUGGCGGCUCAGACACAUUAGUCCACCCUCCUCCUCUAGCGGAGCUCAAUCAGCAUGACGCACCUAUCACAUCGCUCCAAGUGGCCAUCCCUGCCACGUCAGCAUGGCCCCUUGCUGCCUCAGGGUCAGCCAAUGGUGCUGUGCUGCUGUGGGACAUGCGUGCGCCCCCCUCGGCAUCUGUCCCUUGGAGUUGCCGCCUCUCCCCUCUCACCACCACCACCGCCCCCACGUCGCCACUAGCAGUGACAGGGCUGGUGUUCUCGUAUGGGGGACUGCACGUCACUGCUGCCGACUCCACGGGGGGGCUCAGAGUGCUGGAGAUGCGCAUGGGCGGUGCUGAGCUGGCAUCUCAGCACUGUCCAGGUGGCGGCCUCACGUGUUGCCAGCCUCUCGGCGAUCAAUCUGUCCUCGCUGGCAGGGUCUCGCACAUUAGGUCAGCCCAUCCACUCCACACUUAUGCGCCUUCUCCUUCUCCUCCUCCCCUCCCCACCCCGCAUUCUUAUGGUGCCUCAGACAGAACAGUCCACCCUCCUCCUCCAGCGGAGUCUAAUCAGCACGGCACGCCAAUCACAUCGCUCCAAGUGGCCAUCCCUGCCACGUCAGCGUGGCCCCUUGCUGCCUUGGGGUCAGCCAAUGGCGCUGUGCUGCUGUGGGACAUGCGUGCGCCCCUUCUUCCUCUGUCCCCUCUAAGUGCCGCCUCCCGGCUCUUACCACCACCGCUCCCACGUCGCCUCGCCACUAGCAGGGUUUCACCUCCCCAUUGCCGCACCUCCCCUUUGCCGCACCUCCCCAUUGCCGCACCUCCCCAUUGCCGCACCUCCCCAUUGCCGCACCUCCCCAUUGCCGCACCUCCCCAUUGCCGCACCUCCCCAUUGCCGCACCUCCCCAUUGCCGCACCUCCCCAUUGCCGCACCUCCCCAUUGCCGCACCUCCCCAUUGCCGCACCUCCCCACUGCCGCACCGCCCGAUGCACGUUGCGCAAUAAGCCUCUUCACCAUUAG